GAAAGCAAUGGAUUGUUAUGAGUCAUGUGACCCGCUGCUGUUUUUGACCCUUCGCUGACGCAGCUCUUCUAUGUUAAAGGCUGUGGUCCUGAUCAAGUCAGACUAAAGUUGAUCGGAGCGCAUUCACAAGCCUGGCUCACGUCAAAUGAGCCUAGUUAUGUGCUAAGUGACCGGCAGUGGUGAAGGCACCACGGAUAGAGGAAGGAGGCUGUAACACGACACAGCUACAGUGGAGCCACAACAGCUCGUUGCUCCGAGCUAAACUUCGGUACUAAAUGUGUGCUCCUGUGUACUUCAACUCAGCAACAUGACAUUUGCUGGAACAGAACUGGAAAGAUUCCUCUGCCACUACGUAGCAGGACACCCAAGCUGACAGGACAUUCCUACAUUUUGUGUAUCCAAUGGAAGCCAAGGGAUGCAGUCAGCGGUGGAGGACUUUCUAGGGGUUUGAUCACAGCUGAGGAUGCUUGAGCCUGACAACCAAGGACAGUGAUAGAGGCAUGAUGGAGAGAGACAAAGGAGGGCUGCAAAAAAGUGUUACUCUGGCACCUACCUCCAGGUACCUGACAGACAGACAGUAUGCAAUCAGAAAGCCUCUGUUCUCUGCAGAACACCAUGCAUCUCUGCUAAAGACAACAAAUCCACAGAAGGAGACGGAGAAGGUGAAACAGUCAGGUGUUAGCAAAACAGAACAUACUCAGAUGAACCUGACCAGAUCAAGAGAGGAGCUGGCUCUAGAGAGCGCCAGGGUCCCUCACAGACACAUCUCACCUCCUUCAGCCUCUACAGAAGACUUUGGCUCAUCCUUGGCUCUCUCAGAGCUCAUGGCCAGUAUGUGUCAUGAAGAACCAACUUAUGGAUUACAUUCCUCUGGCAGCAGAUCAGCUCACCUGAGCCUUCCAGGCUCCUCCUUGGAGGACCAGAGACUAAACACUCCCCUGAGGUCACAAACAACCUCCAUUGUCCCGCAUCCCACCUAUAUCACUCCCUCACAGUAUUCCAGGACAGGCAAGGCUCAGUUUAGGCUUGGGGGUUAUGAGGGCAGAGGCAGGGGGGAGACGGAGCUAUGCUCUUAUGGACACUCAAAGACAGACCCCAUGUCUUUCUAUCAGGCAAACCACUGGGCCUGUGCCAUCCCUAAAGCUUUGCCUCCAUCUUUGGACAGGCACUCUGCAGGCUGGGACCCAAACAGGGAGUACCAGGCUUUACUGGACUACACCUACCCUCUGAGACCAGGACAGGUGACUAGUGGGUCAGGCAGUUCUGAACUCCAGGAAGACUCUCUUUUGCAAACAAGCCUGCAGGACUCAGGGAUCGAAGUGGAACAUCUUUGUAGCUCCACUAUCCUGACAGGGUUGGACUUUUCUGUGGACAGCAGCGGGAGGACCAGAGAAAGAACCCCUGUUGGUUCAGGUCAUAGGUCACCUGACCUGCCACCAAUCACCAGAUCCUCACAUGGUCUGCCCUCCAGUACCCCACUUUCCCCAACAAAGCCUGUGGGUUUGUCCAUGGACAGUUUGGACCUCGGUAAGCACAGAGGUGGACUGAAGAGAGUCGGUCACCGUCAUCAGCCCCACGCACUGUCCUUCUCUACCUCCACUGCUUUUAUCCGCACCACCAGUGUCUUUCCACAGUCCAGGUGUGCAUUUGGUGAGGUGGAUGAGGAGUUCUGGUCUCUUCCAGAGCAGCUGGUGGAGCUGCAUCUGCUCUCCAGACAGGUGAAGGAGGUGACAGCCCUGCUGAGCCGACCUGUCGCUGCAAGCUGGGAAUCUCUGGAGCCAGGCACCACCUCCGUCCUCUCCUCCACCACCCUGCCUGAGAAACAGGAGGCUGAAGUCACAGAGGGUGUCGGUCAAAACCCAGAGGAGGGAAAAGCUGAUAUGGUCAGAGAGGAGUGGAGCUCUGCACAGAUGGGUAACUGUUGUACGGCUUUUCAUAAGGGCUCUGAGGCAGUGACCAGAGGUUCUGGAGCCUGGGUGGAGCCUGUUGGUGGGGGACUGAGUCUAUCUAGUCUCAGGGAGGUGGAGGCUUUGGUGGAGCAGCUGUGUGGCCCCGCCCUGCCUGGCAGCCAGAGCAGGCAGGAUGACGAGGAACAAUGUAACUCCCUGAUGCAGCACAUCCAGGUCUUCUGUUCACACCUGGAGCAGCUCAUUCAGCAGCUAUAUACAAUGCUAGAGAAGAUGGAGCUGCUGGCGGUACCCGCUGUGGACACUGACGGUGUGAAGUCAUCUCUGGCUGAGUAUCAGAGCCUUCAGAGAGACGUGAGCAGCCAUCAGCCCCAGACCUCCUGUGUUCUACACACUGGGAAGCUUCUCCUCAACUGCAUCAACACUAUGUCUCCACUUUUAAGAGAUGUCCUGCUGCUGAUUGAGAGGCAGUCUGGAGCUCUGCAGAGCCACACUGAUGACCUGUUCUCCUUCGUUCUGCCUGCCAUGGACAGCCUGACUCAGUCCAGUCCAGCAGGGAGGACCCGAGAGGAGGACCCGCGCCCUGUGGUUUUCCCAGGAUCCACUUUGUGAACAGACUGCGGAACACAAAUGUGUGUACAAGAAUAUGACUUGGAUCACUUCUUUCUUCUUAACACAAGGCUCUUAUUUAUGAAUCAUAAAAAGCACAACCUUUUUUGAACAUGUUAGCAUAAUGUAUCAGUUGGUAUCAGUAGGCUAUGUAUGAAGUAGAUCUUUAUGAAGGGAACACUGCAGACAGUGUGAACUGAUCACACCGAACAAUACUGGGCCUCGAAGUGCCUUUAAAACUCUGUUUGAAGCACCACAGGAUGUUUCUGUUACAGUAUGCCUUACUUAUGCACUGCUUUUUCUAUUUAUGCUUUGUCACUGUGUUGUUCUCUAAUCCUUCACCUUCCUCUGACCACUUGCAAUUUACAUUAAUAGUCUGUCAAGCAAUUACAGAGGCUGUAGCCAAAACACUUAAAGUCCCCAUGGCUGCUCAUUUUGCUCAUUUCCACCCAUUUACUGUUUAAUCUUGGGUACCUCUAGAUCAG